AGAUCGCCAUGAAGACCGAUGAUGCUAAGGGCUCCGAAAGGACCUUCACUUCUCGAGUUAUAAGAGCAGCAGCUAGCCCCCCUUCCUCCGAUGGAUUCGCAAGACCCUGCGCACCCCUGGUUGAAAUCUCACCCAGCACGGUACCAUGCUUCACAUAUUGGAAAUUCUCGCCACGCUCGUUGGCGCGUACCUAAUCAAAGUCAUUCUGACUCGCAAGAAACUGCCUGCACCACUCCCUCCGGGGCCUAGACAGAAACCGCUCAUCGGGAAUCUCCUAGAUCUUCCUCCCACUGGCGGACAGGAUUGGGUACAUUGGUUCAAGUUCAAGGAGCUAUACGGUCCUAUCAGCUCAGUACAAGUUCUUGGCGAGACAUUUAUUAUCAUCAACGAUGCGCAGAUCGCCGUGGAUUUGCUGGAAAAGCGCUCGGCUAUACAUUCCAGCCGGCCACAGGGACAAUUCAACCACUUGUCCGGCUACAACGAAGUGACCAGUGCUAUGGCGUAUACAGACACCCUGCGUGUCCAUAGAAGGCUGUUCCACAAGCAGAUUGGGUCUGUCAACUCUGUUGCUCGCUACAAUAACUUCCAGGAGGCCGAAGUAGGGCGGUUCAUGCUGCGAUCUCUCGAAGCACCGCAGGACUUGAUACCUCAUAUUCGAAAACUAGCUGGAGGUGUGAUCCUGAAAGUCGCGUAUGGAUACAACAUAGAACGAGACGGAGAGGAUCCUCUGGUCGAGAUCGCAAAUGAUAGCGUAGAGAAGUUUGUCCGGUCCAUCACUCCAGGCAUGUGGCUGGUCGACUUCAUCCCGGCUCUGAAACAUAUACCUUCCUGGUUCCCCGGGGGCGGAUUUCACCAGGCAGUGAAAGAAUUUCGCGUGGCUGCGGACAAUCUUAGUGCCAAGCCAUAUGCAUUUGUUCUCGACCAGAUGUCACGCAACGCUCAUGCGCCGUCUUUCCUAUCUGGGCUGUUCGAGAAGAACGGUAUCCCCGAGCCUGGGAGCGAGCAGGAGACGACUUUCAAAUGGACUGCAGCGACAUUAUACGGAGGAGGAGCUGACACGACUGUGUCCACACUGACAAGCUUCUUUCUCGCCAUGGCCUUGUUUCCAGAAGUUCAAAAGAAGGCACAAGAAGAGAUAGAUCGGGUAGUGGGCACAUCUCGUCUUCCUGGGUUCGCUGACCGCGAGAAUCUCCCAUACAUCGAAGCUGUUGUCAAAGAAGCCUUCCGAUGGCACCCGGUUGUGCCAAUGGGCGUUGUGCAUCAGUCUACAGAGGAGGAUACGUGGGGUGGAUAUCAUAUUCCUAAAGGGUCUCAGAUCUUGUCUAACAUCUGGGCUUUCUUGCACGACCCAGCCACAUAUCCUGCGCCAGGCACUUUUAAGCCGGAGCGAUUUAUCGCAAGUGCUAACCACACUCCGGAGCGUAAUCCGCAUUUCCUAGCCUUUGGAUUUGGGCGACGCGUUUGUCCUGGCCGGACGAUCGCAGAUGCAACGGCUUAUUUGACCAUCGCGCAGUCCCUGGCGGUGUUUAACUUCAGCAAGCCCAUCAAAGACGGCAAGGAGGUUGAUUUGAAGCCGCACUUUCUGCCUGGGGUGAUCAGCCAUCCGGCACCGUACGAGAUCAGCAUCAAGCCCCGAAGCGAGCAGCAUGAGGUGCUGAUCCGGGCUGUGGAGGAGAAUUAUCCUUGGGAGAAGAGUCAUGCAGAGGAGUUGCAUCGCGUAGUCUCCUAGUAUGGAUAGAGGAAGUGAUGCACGGAUAUGUAAAGGGAUUCUCGCGUCAUUAUCACCAUACGACGUAACCAGCAACGUCACUUUGACUAAGUCUAAGAGUCCUGUGACUCAAAUUGAAUAGGGACAUAU